UCCAUCUUUACAACCUCUUUCCCCUCACGCUCGCCAAUCCCUACAUUCAAUAUCCCGGCCGCCGCCGCCUCUUCACCCUCCGUUGCUCGCCGCCGGCGCCGGACGUCGGCUCUCGCCGACUACCUCUGCUUCGUUGACUGUUAAAGGAUAUUCCCAAAAAUGAGUGCUGCUUUCACUUCAAAAUGCUCCAAAGUGGGUGGUAAUUUGUUGAGGAACUUUGGGAACAACUUAUCUGGGAUUUUGGGCAAGCCUUGUGAGACCAUUGCACAGCCAAGCUGCAACACUAUUUUCUAUCAGCAACAGCAAAGAACAUUCAUACAAAUGAGGACGAAUCUGAAGGUUGUGGACAACUCUGGCGCGAAACGGGUUAUGUGCAUCCAAGCAUUGAAGGGGAGAAAGGGUGCACGACUUGGUGAUACCAUUAUCGCUUCUGUUAAAGAAGCACAACCAAAGGGUAAGGUGAAGAAAGGAGAGGUAGUUUAUGGUGUGGUUGUUCGUGCGGCCAUGCAGCGUGGUCGCUGUGAUGGCAGUGAAAUUAAGUUUGAUGAUAAUGCAGUCGUCCUCGUCAACAAGCAGGGAGAGCCUAUCGGUACUCGGGUCUUUGGUCCAGUACCCCAUGAACUGAGGAAGAAGAAACAUGUGAAGAUAUUAACAUUGGCUGAGCACAUAGCCUGAGUUAUAUCAUCUUUUUUCUUUAUUGGACGUCCUCUUUGGUCUUUCUAUGUGCUUGGCGAAUGAAUGUUGUUAACUGAAAAAUUUUUCCUGAAAGAAAAACUGAAAAUAAAAGUAGACAUUUGUUUUGCA